AUGCUUCCACAAAGGCCCUUCCUAAAGCUCACCACGUCUAUAUCCACCCUUUCCAAAGAGGAGAAGGCACUUUUCAGCUUGCGGUUGUUGAGCUCACUUGGCGCCGUCGUAUUAAUUGCGUUGCUGUUGAUAGGCCCAGUUGUUGUGAAAUCUUUUUACAUCACGAGGGUAAACUGUUCCCACUUGGAAGUCUCCAAAGGGCUUUACAACUCGUUGAAGAACUCAGUUGGUGUCUCCUCAUCUUCAUUGGACAUUGGAGGAGGCGACUAUGUGACCAUGGGAUCAAGAUUGACAAGCAGUGACAUCCAACUAUUAGCUGAUUACGCAGAGCAGCAAGUUGGUCAAGCUCCGCAAUAUUGUUUAACAUCACUUUGGCGCUUUUGCUCAGGGUUCUACGACACGUACUUGGUAAACGGAACAGAUGGUGAAGAGAUAAUCAAACAGAGAAAUAAAAGGUUGACUUGUAUCACCAACAAGGGGAUUGCAUUUGACUAUCGUACACAGCUCUUGUCGAUAGGACUUCAAUCCAUUUUAGCUUACGCGUAUCAAACCCGUCUUGUCAAAGAUCCAACAUAUGAAAAGCACAUCACCGAGAGAGAGAACAGGUUCAAAUUGGCCAUUAACGCAAUGAUAUUUACCCUCUGCGCACAAGUGGUCUUGUUGUUAGCUUUGGUGGUAAUUUACUCAAAUCGAGGUCCCACAAAAGACCUAAGUCGAAUCCCAGGUAUAGUAUUGCACGUUAUAUCCGUGUUCUCUGUGAUGGGCUUUUGCAGUUCCAUUAUUGAGCUGGCACUAAUAACAAACUUGAUCAAUCUCACAACAAGCGAAGUCAAGUCUAAAUUGGGUGAUUUCGGUGUGAGUUUUGCUUCAGGACCUGCGUGGAUGGCAUUCAUGUGGCUUUCGACGGCGUGCUGUACCCUCGCAAUGGCAAGCUGGGCUUUACCAAUGUGGUGUGCAAACCCUCCUGACGAGUACAAACACAGUCUUGACGACUCUCUUUUGAUAAAUUUAGAUAGACACGUAGAUUAA